AUGAAAGAAGUCAGAUAUAAUGUACUUCAUGAAUCGCAAGAAGAAAAUAUUGACAGCACUGAAAAUACGAUGGAGGAAGAGAGUGCACCGACUACACAGCUAGACGAAAAUAAUACUAAUAUAUCCAAAAAUAUAAGUACGGAAACAAGUACUUUAAAACAGAAAGAAUUUAUAUCUCCCCAAAAAAACCUGUCGCAAAAGAGAAGGUUUACUGCCGAUGACCUCAAAGUACUUGAACCAUUUAGCUUUCUACGGAAUAAAGCUGCAGCAUCAAACAAACCUAAAGAUGAAUGCAAAAUUUUUGGAGAGUUCGUAGCUGAGAAGCUCAGAAAAUUAAAUAAUCAAUUGCGCGCACAAAGACAGCAUAAAAUUGGCAACAUUCUGUUUAAACUAGACAUGUCCCAAUACAGUUUUCCUGUGGAUCAGCAUCAAUAUCCUCAACUGACGUAACAUCUACAAUAUCCCAUACCGCAACAUUCUUUACAUUCAAUUGCAUCAGAUUUUCGUAAUCAAACAGAUAACUAUUACCACACUAUCAUCAAGGUCAUUCACACCUGCAAGCACAAGUUCAUACACAACACCAGCAGACAAAACGAGGCUCGGCG